AUGAAUGACACGACGGGAAAACUCCGGCGCAAUAAGGCCACAACCUUUGAAUCUCCAAGCAUUCCAAAAGGUUUGUGAAUGUUCUUUUUGUGAUACUAAACAAAAUACUUUUUUUCAAUUUCCCAUUCAGCAUUUUUUGAUCUCCAACAUCAUUUCAUAUUCUGCAAGAAAAAAGCCCCGGUAGAUGGAAUUGAAGCCAUUCAGCGAGAUGGAGCCGCCAUCAGGUCCGUCCUCAUAACUCAUUAAAAAGAGAUUCAUAUUAUGUUUUGCAGCGAGCAUGCUGUUGUCAAAUACGCCAAUGACGAACGUCCGGACGAGAAAGAGAAACAAGAUCUAGAGAAUAUGUUCAAAACGGUUCUACGGAUAGGAGUCCGUGAGUUCACACAUUCAUUUGAGAGAAUACUCAUAAGGGAGCUCGGAAAUUCAGAUAAUUUUGACAUGGUCUACACACAUCUCCUUCAACUGUCGCAAUGUUACGAGGCUAUGGCAAGGAACAAUAAACUGAUUGUAUUCACAAAUGACAUAUCUGUACGGAAAGCAUUUAAUGGAUUAGUUUACAAUUGUAAGCUGCCUGACUCUUGCAAAGAUCAAACCAUCAGAUUCACUUUUCAGGCAUGCGCACCGGAUUAGUCGCCGAUUCGAAAACAUUGGAGAUCACCGGUGUACUUUCGGUCACCGAUUUCAUCAUGGUAAUAGUCGGCAAAACCUUAUUCAAUAGGCUUAACUCUUGAAUUUUCCUAGAUCCUAAUGAUGUUGUGGAAGUUCCGUGAGAAUCUCGAUGAGCUCAAAGGCACACCACUAAGCCACGAGGAUUUCCGGCAGAUGGAUGUGGCUUAUAUGCCCAUCUCACGAUGGAAGGGUACGAAUUAGGACACCUCAGUCAGUGUGGAUUACCAAUUCGUUUAGGGUGUCUUGAGAUGAGAGGCCAAUUGAAGCCAUUCAUCAACAUUGGCCUGAAAGAGAGCAUUUUCCGGGCCGUCGAGCUGCUCACUAAAUAUAGAAUUCAUCGGCUUCCGGUCAUGGACGAAAACACUGGCGAUUGUGCCUACAUUCUAACACAUCGUAGGAUAUUACACUACAUUUGGAAGCAUGUAAGAAUAUUUUAGCGAUAAUUCAGAGCAACUUUUUAAUUUUGAUUUCAGUGUGCUCUCCUUCCGAGACCGACUUGCUUGUGCCGUAGAGUGGCGGACCUGCAGAUUGGAACUUGGAAAAACUUGCUUUAUGUUAGUUUUAAAUGAACAAAACAACUAAAGAAGAACAUUUUUAGGCGGAUGAACGAACACCACUGAUCGAAUGCCUUGACAUGUUGAUUGACAACAAAAUCAGUGGAAUACCGAUUGUACAAAUGAAAACAAUGAAAGCAAGUUUUUACUAGACAGUUAGAAUAAAACAAAACAAUCAAUUUCUCGACAGGUAAUCGAAGUUUAUACCCGAUUCGAUGCUGCUUCAGCCGCUUUUGCCGACCACAUAGAUCUCAGUGUUCCCGUAUCAACUGCCAUUAAAGAGAGGGACACACUUUGUGUAAAAAUCAAUACAUAGUUUUUGAAAGUAUUUAUUGUUUUUUCAGGGAAUACGACGUGAUGGCGUAGUCACCGCUCAUUACACAACGACUUUAUGGUCUCUGAUCGAGAUUUUCAUCGACAAGAAUGUUCAUCGGAUUUUCAUGGUCGACGAAAGAUUGAUUCUGAAAGUGCGUCCAUUUAAUUUCACGCUUCAAUACGCUUUUUAAGGGAAUCAUUUCGUUAUCUGACGUCAUUGAAUUUCUCGUCCUGCGCCCUUCGAAACGAUCGACUGGAGGAGAUGUGCAAUAG